AUGGACUGGAAGACAUUCCUUGUGUUUAUCAAAUUCUGCGGCCCAAAUCGCACCGAGCAUGGGAAGCAUGUCGUGCCAGCUCUACGCCACAUCUGCACGUCAGAUGCGGGACGAACCGAAGCGCCUCCACUUACCAACGAGGUUCAAUGCCGAAAAUUUGCGUGCAUUUUUCAUUCAAGGUGCGUCAUUGUGUUCGCGUGCCCUUUGACACGGUCGGCCUCGCGAGAUGAUGGACAUAUAUCAUUGCGGCACGGCCUGGAAAAACAUUAUGUUAACAACCAGAGGAGAGUUUCCAAUAUCAUCGCGUUGCGAGUGGGUAAUUGGAAGUGCCAGCUGGAGCUUGCUGAAACGUGGCAAGGUAGCCGAAGGACGGACGGCGUAAAUGCUUUCGACACAGGUGACGAUGUUUGCCUCGUCGGAAUGCUUCUAGAUUCGAAUAUUCUGCCUGUUACCGACAUAAUCCAGCCUGGGCUUCUCAACUUGACUGGUCUAUCACUGUUGCGGCAUUUUAAGACCGAGAUUCGGACCGUUGUGGAAAAGUCUUACGCCUACUACAGUCUUCAUAAUCUCUCUCCCUUCUUUUUCACGGCCAUAUUACUUCAAAAUUCUCUGCAAUCGGUCCCGCGGGCAUGGGAUUCGAGAGCAGGCUUCAAGCGGGGCAAUAACGAGGAGGUCAUUCAUGGGCAGAGAAAACAUCUGAAUGAUGCCGGCAAAGCACCGAAGACGGUACGGGGAAACAAGCUUAAACGGCCGCUUGCUAUUAGAUUGACACUUACAUAUGCUAGCGUGCGUCAAUGGUACUCCUUGGCCUACAGCUUACCCCAACUUCUGCUUACAGGCAGCUUACUGCCCACCUCUGGAGGUGCUGACCACCUCGCUCUCGCUGCCGACACCCCCGAGCCGAGCAGGUGGGAAGAGAAGACGACUCCGCCUACCAACGGGGGAAUGCGACUCCCUGAAGACUGGUGA